UGACGAUCUCGUCUAUCGUUAUCGCUCUUAUUUUCUGCAAAAUAGUGUGAGACACGAUUCUGUUUAAACAUGGCCAAUAUAUUUUACGAAAUAGGACGGAAGAUACUGGAAAAUUUAAGUAAAACUUAUGUAAAUUCUGAACUUAAGAUGGCCACGCAUGAAGUUGCUUCGUACGAAAUUAUCGCCAUUUCAAUUUGUUUUUUGGGCAUACCGAUUAUUUUCUUGAUGUUAUUCUUGUAUUGUCUGAAAUGUGUGGACAAGCUGUACUAUGAAUGGGACGAAGUGAGCAAGAAAUCUGUUAUAGACUAUAAGGAGGCACCGCGGAUAUUGAAUCCUCCCAGCGAUGUCGUAAAAAAAUGGAGACAACGUUUUGUAGAAAUAUUCUCUGAUUUUGAAGACAAUGGUAAAGAAAACAAUGGUAAAGAAAAUAAUGGUGAAAAUGGUGAAGAGAAACGAAAGAAAAUUAAUGUUAAUUGGGAGAAAUCGACUAAUAUUGUACAAAGUGUCUUAAACUUUUCUACUGUGAUUUACACUAUUACAAUCACUCUGUACCUUCUUAGUUGUUCAGAUUUUACUUUGAAAAUGCUCACCAGAAACUCUACUGCUGUUAUCGAUAAUAAUGAUACCUCCAAUUGAGCUCCUGUGGAGAAGAUAAUGCUACAUUGUGUUAAGAUGACUGACGUGGCUUCGAUGGUUAUCGUAUCGAAGUGGAAAAUAGGACUUCAUCUGCAAAGAUAUAGCCAAGAAAUUUUCUGAACAGUGAUUUUACUUUUAAAUUUUUUAAACAAACGUUAUAAUUCUGUAAAAAAAACCUUCUUUUUAAUAGUGAAAUAAAAACUUUAUCAAGGUUUUCAAGAUUUGCUGUCUCAU